UGGCAGGACGCGCGCGGGAUCGCGGUGCAGAAGCGGGGCUGCGCCUGGCUGCUCGUCACGCACGACCUGUGCACGCCGGGCGCGCUGAUGACUGCGCUAGAAGGAGCCACUGGUGACGUCGUAUUCAAGUUUGAACCCUUUGUUCUUCAUGUGCUGUGUCGAGAGCUGCAAGAUGCACAACUUCUGCUUUCUGUAGCUAUGGAUUCUGGGUUCAGGAACUCUGGUAUUACAGUUGGCAAAAAAGGAAAAAUUAUGAUGGCUGUGCGGAGCACUCAUUGCUUAGAAGUUCCACUGAGCCACAUGGGGAAACUCCUGGUCUCUGAAGAAUAUAUUGAAUUUCUGGUACACAUAGCAAAUCAAAAAAUGGAAGAGAACAUGAGAAGGAUUGACAGGUUCUACAACUGCUUACAGUUAGCUUUGAAGCCUGCCCCCAGUGCAGACAGCUCGCCCCCCGAAGAGAGAGGGACGCAUCUCGACGUGUACGUCCGCAGGAGGAAGAGAAAGGCCGUGGGGAAGCAUGGUGGGUGCGCCUCUCCGGCUGACCACAACGAAGAGAUGGAACAGGAGGAUGACCCAGAAGGCAGUGUCGAUAUUUUUGGUGAAAUUAUGGAGUAGACCAAGACAUUUGUAAGCAUGUGUCAAAGUGAACAAUUGUACUGCUCUUCAUAAGAGAUACAGAUACUACUCUGUUCUAAGUGGUUCUAAGUAAUCACACUUAUGGACAUUUACCUAAAGAAAGUAAUUAAACUGAGUUGUCACUGAGUUUUAUGUCACAGAAGCAUGGAGAAAAAGACUUUUUUAAAAAAAAAAAAAUGAAUUUAUUUAUUUUGGUUUGUCAGUUAUUGCAGAAAUAACCAUUUUGUUGCAGCUGUUCGCCACAUCCUCCAUGGACACUGUGGGAGCAAUCUCCUUCUAAACGCUGCCUGUGCUCCUUCUCGUUUCUGCAAAGGAGCGGGAUUGUGGGAGCCGAGUUAUCUUGAAGGCUGUUGCACGGAGCAGCGUGCAGCAGCACAACCGGCCAGCGCAGGGCCGUGCUGCAGUUGGCCAAAGCCAGGRACCUGCUCUGGAGACGAGAGUAGGGACGUGAGCGUCACGCGCCGCUCUGCGUGGGUCGUAGCCAGCAGCUCCCCCUGACCCUGCACCGCACAGCAAAGCUGACACUUGUUUUCCUGCACUUUGCUCUUUGUCCUGGCCUUUAGCCCCGCUGCUCAUGUGCUCUGCCUCCCUUGGCUUGCAGCCAUCGGCCUUAUUUUUCUUUGCAUGUUCUAGCCAGCACUGUGUGCUGAUAGUUUAUUAGUUCACUUCUAUAUAUUUCUCUGUGGCCAGCACCCAACUCCAAUUAGGUGCGAUUUUUGUGGAUUCCUACAAUGUACACUGGGAAAGUUUCUCAGUAUUGAUUCGGGGGAGGUUUUUUGUUUGUUUUUGUGGGGAGCAGGGGAAGGAGGGUGAAUUUGUAAACCUGAGCAGCAGUGAACUCUCAGCUCUUACAUUUUAUGACCUGGUGGUUGCUGACAUCCAUCACAGGACUGACUGGAGGAAAUGGUUGGGCUGGUGCAUUACCUCCAGUUUGUGUCGUUAGCGAACUGUCAUUGUUUCCAUUACAUAAACCUACAUCUUGGGGGCAUUUUAAUUCCACUGUAAAAAACCUGACGUGCUAGGUGGCAGCAAAGGGAAAAAGUAAUGGAGGCUUUAAAGAGAUUCUGGAAGCCCCGCUGGGCUGCGUUUCC